CUCAACCACAAACUCUUUCCUCUCUGUCGGAGCAGUUGUACAUUUCCAAGAUUUGAUCUUUUUUUUCUUCCUGUUUCUCUCAAAUUUUGAAGCGAUGACGCCGGUGGGAGUUCUUGGUAUUCUGGUUCUUCUGCUUGCAGUAUACUGCGCGACAGACCCUUUUAAGCACAGCGGGAUCUAUGAGUUCACUGACUUUGUGGCUUACAAGGUGGAUAUGCCUCCGUGGGGGCUUGUUCCAACGCUUAGGGACGAUGAGAAUUUGCUCGAGAAAUCAGAGAUUAAGUUCAUGAAUGAGGUUCAAGGCCCUGAGAGCAUAGCAUUUGAUCCUUUGGGGAGUGGUCCUUACACCGGUGUUGCUGACGGUCGGAUUGUGUUCUGGGAUGGUCAGAGGUGGAAUGAUUUUGCUCAUACUUCCAGCAACAGGUCAGAACUAUGUGAUCCAAAGCCAUCACCAUUGAGUUACCUUCCAAAUGAGCAUAUCUGCGGUCGACCUUUGGGACUCCGGUUCCAUAAGAAAACCGGUGAUUUGUACAUUGCCGAUGCAUAUUUCGGGUUGAUGAAGGUCGGUCCGGAAGGCGGAUUAGCAACAUCACUUGUAACAGAGGCAGAUGGGGUGCCCCUCAGGUUUACCAAUGACCUUGACAUUGAUGAUGAAGGCGACAUCUAUUUUACUGAUAGUAGCACCAAAUACCAAAGAAGGAACUUCAUGCUGCUAAUUUUUUCAUGUGAGAAUAGUGGGAGACUUAUGAAGCAUAAUCCACACACAAAGGAAACCACUGUCCUUAUGAAAAAUCUCCAAUUUCCCAAUGGCGUGUCCUUGAGCAAAGAUGGUUCUUUUCUUGUAGUUUGCGAAGCAUGUUCUGGCAGAUUGCUUAAGUACUGGUUGAAAGGUGAGAAAUCAGGGACUUCAGAGGUGUUUGCAAUCUUACCAGGAUUUCCCGACAACGUCCGAUCAAACAAAAACGGUGAAUUUUGGGUAGCAAUUCACUCUCGGAGGUCCAUGUACUCUCAUAUAUUAGGAUUACAUCCAAAACUUAGGACAUUCAUUCUCAAGCUCCCCAUCCCAGCAGAUGUUCAACGCCUGCUUCAUAUGAGGGGUAAACCGCUGGGACAAGCUGUCAAAUACGGUCCGGACGGAAAGCUUUUACUAGUUCUAGAGGACAGCCAAGGGAAGGUUGUGAGAGCCGUUAGCGAAGUCGACGAGAGAGACGGAAAGCUGUGGCUAGGGAGUGUUCUAAUGCCCUUUAUUGCAGUUUAUGAUUUGGAUUGAGUUUGGCUAGUCCUUUUGGCCUGCAAAGCAUUGUCUUUGGCAUUCUGAAUGUUGCUUAGCAUUGUUUGUCAUUGAAAAGCUAGCUUAUAGGCGUUUACUUCUCAUU